AUGUGCACUUUUCGCAAUUACACCGGGUGGGUGUUCUCCGGGAUUCCCAUGCAUAUGCACGUGUUAAUCACCGUCAACCGAAUCUGGGCGGUGUGUUUUCCGCAUUCGUACCGCACUCGACAUUCGACGGUUACCGCUAUCUGCUUAGUGAUCGCCGCAGCUUUUUAUGUUCACAUAAUCUGUCUACCCGGUGUGAUUUUGGACGCACUGUACUAUCGUGUUCCGGCUGAAACCAGCGGCUGCAAUGUCGACACCACGAUGACCGGACAGAAAGUCUGGGAGCAGCUGACGAUGAUUCUAAUUUACGAUGUGCCGGUGGUAUUCAUGAUAUCUGCCUACGCUGUUCUCUGUUUUAAAGAGUUCCAUCGCCGGGAAGCCGUUGCCGGUUUAGUCUACAGUGUGGUAACGUUGGGGACGUUAGGGAUCAAAAUAAAGAAGAAGAAGGCGAAACGCACAGGGUUCCUGGUGUUAACGGCGUUGACCAUCAGCGUAGCGGUGUGCUGGACGCCGUAUGAAAUGUAUUUUACCGUGGGGACGUUUAUGGAUAUCGAUGUGCCGAUGAUGCGAGAAGUGGGAUUUACGUUGAAUUCCCUGCAGCCGCUACUAGAUCCGAUUUUAUUCGUGAUUACUAUGUCAGACUUAAGAAAAACGUUAUUGCAUUGUUUGCAUUUUGCACAAGUCCACUAA